UGUCCGUGGGCGAGGGCUAACGGUUUCCGGGAGCGGUAGCCCCCCGAGGGGUGGAGAGAGGAGGCCAAGCGGCGUCUCGAAGCCCGGACCCCGCGGCCGCUGCGACAUGAUGGGCUACGGGGCGUCCUCCUCGGAGUCCACGGAGGGCGAAGAGGCCGUGGAGGCCCCGGGGCCGCCUCCGGAGCCGCGAGUCCCGGAGCCACGAGCCCCGGAGCCCGAACCGGGCUUGGACUUGAGCCUGAGCCCGAGCCCGCUGCCCGAGAGUCCGCAGCGGCGGGACGGCGGCCCGGGGCGGCGGAAGGGGCGGCGGGGCGGUAGCCGGAGGGGGCGGCAGGUGCGCUUUCUCCUGGCGCCGCGCGCUUCGGGCGGCCCCGAGCCCGCGGCCGCCGCGCCGGGCGACGGUCCCGCGGCGCCGCACGAGCUGGAGGCCCCGGGCCUGCAGAGCAGCCUGGCCCUGAGCCUGGAGCUGCGGAGCGCGCGCGCCGCCGCCGCGCACUUCGAUGCGGCGAGGGCGGUGGAACAGCGGCUGAGGACGUCGUUCCGGGCCCGCUGCGCCCUGGAGGAGACCGUGGCGGAGGGGCUGAACGUGCCGCGCUCCAGGCGGCUCUACCGCGACCUGGUGAGUCUGCAGGUGCCGGAGGAGCAGGUUCUGAGCGCGGCGCUGCAGGAGAAGCUGGCGAUGCUGCCGCCGCAGCCCCGAGCCCCGCCGCCGAAGGAGGUGCUCGGGCCGGGGCCAGAUAUGACCGUGCUGUGCGACCCGGACUCUCUGUGCUACGAAUCUCCGCACUUGGCGGUGGACGGGCUGCCCGCGCUGAGGCUUCAAGCCCGGCCCCGCCCUUCAGAAGACACCUUCCUCAUGCAUCGGAUGCUGAGGCGCUGGGAGGCGUAGCCCUCAAAACCACCCGAACUGCUUUUCCUUAAAACUGUUUCCUCACAGAGUAAAUCCUUUUCCUAAGUUUCCGAUUAUUCGUUUUGGGAGAUGAUGGGAAUAAACUGCUCCUGACUGGAAGUUGCAGGAGGCGGCACUCGGAAAGUGUCAAAAGUUCGGGGUCAGACAGACUUCCCUCUCCACUUAAAUAUCGUUUGGUUAUAAUUAGAACUUGAGGCUUAGCCUUACUCGGAGGCUCCAUGUACUUAGGAGGCUGAGGCACAAGGACCCUGUGUUUGAGGACAGUCCACGCCACACAAAUGAUUUUUAAUGUGCUUUCAGGCUGGGUAGGGUCAGUGGUUGUAUCUGGUUAAAGCAUGUACAAAGCCCCCAGUUUUCGAGUGGAUACACAAGUGUUUCAGAUUCCACUUUAGCUGCAUGUGGUGAACACUUGUGAGGUGGAGACAGGAGCAGGAGUCCAGCCAACCUACUCUAGGAGAUACUGCCUGCUAUGUGUCUCCCUAUGGCGCCCUGGUUGUCUUGGAACUCAUUAUGCAGGCUGUCUGCCUCUGCGUCCCAAGUGCUGGGGGUAAAGGUGUGGGCCAUUGCACCUGGCUACUCAAAUACCAAACAAAAAAAUGUUUAUCCAAAUGUGGGUUUUAACAUUAAAUGAUUGCUUUAA